GUUAGAUUUUGAGUGUUGAAUAUUUCCUUCUACUGUUGUUCACCCAUUAUUUCAACGUAUAAAGUUGUUAAUUUUGGAUUGCGUAAGAUGGCUGAUGAAAUUGCAUCAGCAAUGGAGCAGGAAAUGGUGGAAGAACAGGCUAUAAAGUGCCCAAGGCCUUCAGCAAAGAGGCAAAGGAAAGGAUCUCCUGACGCCCGAGAAGAAACAGAUAAAGAACGUGUAGACGAUAGUCUUCUGCAAGAUGCACGUAGAAUCAAAGAAAACAUCAGGGUCUACAUGAACGCAACAGACAGGAACGUGAGUGCGAAGGUACAAAAGCACGUUAAUGGGAAAAUUCAGCAGUUAAUAGAUAUAAUGGAGACAAUAUAUGAUAAGAACUAUGAAAAAACGUUUUUAGUACAACGUGUAGUAAAGGACACACAUUAGCUUCCUCUGAAAUGUAUGAUAUCAUAGUAAAUGCAUUAGUGGAAAAAGCAGUACCUAUGGUUAUCGAGGGACUCAAGACGGAAAGUAAAA